UCCCGCCCUCUUUUAGUUUUCCACGGUGGUGGCGGCUCGCUGCUGUAGCUUCUGCAAAUUUUUAGCUUCGGGGCUCCAAAAAAUAGGAGAAUAAACCUGUAAAAAUAACACAGGAGGACUUCAAACAUCUGUAGACCGAUAACCGAGCGCUGAAAGAUGUCUAGGAGAAGGCACAGCGACGAGAACGACGGAGGUCAGCCUCACAAAAGGAGGAGGACAUCUGAGCCAAUUGAAAUCGAGGACCGACUAGAAUCACUGAUAUGCAGAGUUGGAGAAAAGAGUACCUCCUCCUUGGAGAGCAAUUUGGAAGGCCUUGCAGGUGUCCUGGAAGCAGAUCUGCCCAAUUUCAAAAACAAAAUCCUGCGCAUCUUGUGUGCCGUAGCAAGACUUUUGCCAGAGAAACUGACUGUGUACACUACACUGGUGGGCCUUUUAAAUGCACGGAACUAUAACUUUGGUGGGGAGUUUGUUGAGGCCAUGAUCAGGCAGCUUAAGGAGACACUGAAGUCCAACCUCUACACUGAAGCGGUUUACUUGGUGCGUUUUCUUAGCGACCUGGUGAACUGCCAUGUCAUUGCUGCUCCUUCUAUGGUUGCCAUGUUUGAAAACUUUGUUAGUGUCACCCAGGAGGAAGACAUACCACAGGUGCGAUCGGACUGGUACGUGUUUGCUGUGCUGUCCUGUUUACCCUGGGUUGGAAAGGAGCUCUAUGAGAAGAAGGAUGUGGAGAUGGAUCGCCUGCUUAACCAGAUUGAUGGCUAUCUAAAGAGGCGACAGAAGACCCAUGUGCCAAUGCUGCAGGUUUGGACAGCAGAGAAGCCACACCCUCAAGAAGAGUAUCUGGACUGUCUGUGGGCUCAAGUGCAGAAGCUGAAGAAGGAUCGCUGGCAAGAGAGACACAUCCUGAGGCCGUACAUUGCCUUUGACAGCGUGCUCUGCGAGGCUCUGCAGCACAACCUGCCUCCCUUCACCCCGCCAGCCCAUUCUGACGAUGCUGUCUACCCUAUGCCUCGCGUCAUCUUUCGCAUGUUUGACUACACCGAUGCUCCUGAGGGCCCUGUCAUGCCUGGCAGUCACUCUGUGGAGAGGUUUGUGAUUGAAGAGAACCUACACUGCAUCAUCAAAUCUCACUGGAGAGAGAGGAAGACCUGUGCUGCUCAGUUGCUGAGUUAUCCUGGCAAAAACAAGAUUCCUCUAAACUAUCAUAUUGUUGAGGUGAUCUUUGGUGAGCUAUUCCAGCUGCCUUCUCCUCCUCAUAUUGAUGUCAUGUACACGGCUUUACUGAUUGAGCUCUGUAAGCUGCAGCCUGGAUCAUUACCCCAAGUUCUUGCUCAAGCUACAGAAAUGAUGUACAUGAGACUGGACACAAUGAACACAUCAUGCAUAGACCGGUUUAUCAGUUGGUUCUCUCAUCAUCUGAGCAACUUUCAGUUCAGAUGGAGCUGGGAAGACUGGGCUGAUUGUUUAACGGUGGACCUUGACAAACCCAAGCCCAAAUUUGUCAAAGAAGUGUUGGAGAAAUCCAUGAGACUCUCUUAUCACCAACGGAUCGUAGACAUCGUGCCUGCUAGUUUUUCUGCUCUAAUCCCAGCUGAACCACUGUUCCAGUAUAAAUACGAUGAUGAGAGCAAGAGUUCCUUGCCUGGUUAUCCGAUGGCAAUAACUGUAUCCAAUGCUAUCAAAAACCGGGCUUCAAAUGAGGAGCUUCUCACCAUUUUGAAAGAAGUUCCCAAUCCCAACCAGGAGGACGAUGAUGAUGAAGGAGAUGGCUUCAACCCUCUGAAAAUAGAUGUGUUCCUGCAGACUCUGCUACAUCUGGCUGCCAAGUCUUUCAGUCACUCGUUCAGUGCCCUUGCCAAGUUCCAUGAAGUGCUAAAAGCUCUGACUGAAACUGAUGAGGGAAAGCUGCACAUUCUUAAAGUGGUUUAUGAGGCCUGGAGGAAUCACCCACAGAUGAUCGCAGUGCUGGUGGACAAGAUGAUUCGCACUCAGAUAGUUGACUGUGCUGCUGUGGCAAACUGGAUCUUCUCCCCUGACAUGGCUCAUGAUUUUACCAGGUUUUACAUGUGGGAGAUUCUUCAUUCCACUAUCCGGAAGAUGAACAAACAUGUCCAGAAGAUCCAAAAGGAGCUUGAGGAGGCCAAGGACAAACUGGAGAAACAGCAGCACAAAAAGCAGAAGGACAGUGGUGAUGAAGAGGACAUGGAGAAGAACAACAGUGAGGACGAGGAUGGACAGCUGGAGGAGCAGAUUGAGAAGCUACAGGAGAAAGUGGAGUCAGCUCAGAGUGAACAGAAGAACCUCUUCCUUGUCAUCUUUCAGCGUUUUAUCAUGCUGCUGACGGAGCACUUAGUUCGCUGUGAGACGGCAAGCAUGGACAUAAACACCUGCUGGUAUAAGAAUUGCAUUGAGCGGCUGCAGCAGAUCUUUCUUAUGCAUCAUGUGACCAUUCAGCAGUAUGUGGGAACCCUGGAGAACCUGCUUUUCACAGCUGAAUUGGACCACCAUAUCCUGGCUGUGUACCAGCAGUUCUGUGCUCUGCAGCUUUGAUUGACUCGCCAGCAGCUACGCCCUCACCCGGUUCAGACUCUGUUUUUGCUUGUAUGUUUUGUGACGUUCAGAUUACUGGCUACCUUCACCAAACAUCAUGAAGAUGAAUUGUUUUCCUCUCAAGUAGUAGAGACAUUGAACGACCAUUGAUAUUAUUUUUGUAGUGACUGUGUACCCUUUUUUGAAUUUCUUUUUUCUUUUUUUUUCUCCCCCCCCCCC